AUGGCAAGUGAACCUCUUGAAAGUUCCAACAACAUGCCCCACCUUGGCACUGCGGAUCAGAGUUCGAGAAUGAACAGUUUCGGCGGGUCCGGUAUCGACGAUUUCAUCAGCCCAGAUUUCGAGUUUGAUCAAUUUGAAACUGAACUUGCUGCAACGAAAGUGCCGGACGAUGCUGAUAGUUCAGAUGCUGUGGACAGGAUUUCUCCGGAGCAGUAUGUUGAGGAGGAUUUUGAGGCUGAAUUGGGUUGCACAGCAGCUCAG